GCCAUUGCCAGCUACUCAAUUACUCGAUCUUUCCACCGAGCUUAAUCACCCAAGCUAGCUUCCAUGGCUUCCAACAACGUGGCCUCCGAGGUGAACGGCGCCGUCACCAACCUCAACGACCACCUCGCCACCGCCCUCUCUGGCGACGAGGCCAGCGGGAAGACCAACACCAUCAUCACGCUGGCAGGGGAGAACCACGGCGCCGCGAUGGAGGCGGCCGACGCGGAGGACCUCGUGGUCGUCGAGGCGGGCGGCGGCGACCACGACGGGGACGACGACGGUGAGGACGAGGAGGUGGAGGUGAGCGCCUACACCAACAGCAACUACCAGGCGGUGAACAACUCGGUCCUCGUCGCCGGCAGCUGCGCCGUCAGGGACCCCGGCGUGCACGUUGUCAUCGUCGAGCACGUCGACUACAUCCGCGACUGCGAGAUCUUCGAGGACGGGGAGGAGGUGGAGAAGUGAAGUGGUGCAGGUGCAAGGUGACACUGAUUUCGAACCAUGGUCGAGAGUUACAGGAGCUCGUGUGCACGUACGUCCUGCUUGUAGUCGAUUUGGUCCAUAUCUGUCGCUACUCUGUCGUCGUUUGGAGUAAUUAUAUAUUGUAAGCGUUUGAUCAUGCGUAUAUGCAUGUUUAUGGUUUAAUUUCGUUCAUAUACACGUCCUAAUGUCAUACUACUAUACAAACAUAUUUGUAUGUUAUGUAACUUUGCUUCCUGCUCCAUUUGGAUUCUGCAGUGUGCUGGAAGCAAUGUGUUUCAGUCUCACUA